GAACGAAGAGUUUUGGCCGGCAACAUUUGACCAGUCAUGGUUGCUCCAUACUGUCACUUAGAGGCCUGCUCGCUCGCCAAUGACGCUCUGGCGAACAAGCAAGAAGAUCAACAUGCCCAUUCAGACCCUUUGCGAAAGCUGUGAUGAUCUGGAGCUAGCUCGAGGCCAUUCUCGCAAACUGGUCGUUUUCGAUGAGGAGCUCCUUUUCUAUGCGACUAGCAGCGAGAGAGCAACUGCCAAUGACCCUUUCGGAACUGUUGAAGACGCUAACGAAUAUCGGGGGGAGGCGCCUUCACUCGUCGAGGCGAGAAUGUGGCCAACAAGAAGACAACAGCCGCUUCAGACGCUCUAAUUGGGAANAUGCCCGGGACCGCGGNCNNUANGCAGGGGUGGUGAACUGUCGUCUGAUGGGGAAUUGCGCGUGAGGUGACUCGAGCGGACGAGCGCAAGCCGACGAGAUUUGACCUGCUGUGCUCGCGGCUGUCAAGUUGAGGCGCGCUCGGUCGUUCAGACGAGAAGCUGGUCAGCAAGAAGACAACAACCGCCUCUGGAUCUUGCUUUGCCUAUGAACACUGGAGCCCGGAGGUAGCUUUGCAACCUAUCAGCGACGGAUAACUCCAGACGAGGUAUCUGCAGCGAACGAAGAGUAUCUGCCUGCGACAAGUGCUCCGCCGCAUGCGGCCUGCCUUGGAGGCUUACUCGCUCGUCGG